CCUGUUGUCUCUCUCUUCGUGAAUUCGAACGUAAGAAAGUUGCCGGUAACAUAGAACGCAUAUUCUUUGGUUUUUGGUCCAUCUAAUCGCCAUCUUGCAGCCCACAUAAUCCGAAAAUGGCAUACUUCCCAGUACCAUAGAAUGACAAGAAAACAACUUGCGUUCGUUUGAAUUUCACCCCGACAACAAAAUCACUACUGAUCGAGGACACUGGAGUGCUUCAUGACGGAGGAGAGCGAGACUGGAGGCUAGAAUUAGCACAACAGUGACCCGACAUGUCUUUCAAAUCCCCUUUUGCCGCAUCUUCGUCCAAACCCGGCCAUGGCUCGAUCGUUCUCGAAAUCCUACCGCCCGGAACGCCAGUACUCCGGAACGUAUCCUAUCAGUAUCCACUGAAGUUAGUUGCACCAGAACCAUCGAUACCACCAAAUCAUUCCUUGAGCACAGACCUGACCCAGGAUCGAGACACGCAUACACCGCGGUUCGUUCAUACAGUCUUUCUACUCACAUAUGGCGGUGGCAUAGUUGCCGGAGAUUCUAUCAACCUAGAUGUCCGAAUAGACUCUAGAACGCGCCUCAUCCUCUUGACCCAAGGCUCAACAAAGAUUUUUAAAACUCCUGAUCCUCAACUGAUCUCCCGACAACACAUGACUGUCCGCUUGCAGCGCGACUCAGCGUUAGUUUAUCUCCCAGAUCCCGUGCAACCCUUCGCUCAAACAGCGUUCGCGCAGUCGCAAAUUUACCAUCUGGAAAACGGCGAGGGAAAUCUAUGUGUCUGUGACUGGGUAACCUCCGGGCGAUCAGCGCGGGGGGAGAAUUGGGACAUUCAUGAAUACAAGAGCAGAAACGAAGUAUGGAGCAUAGACGCAGUGGGCAAGAAAAGGCUACUAUUGAGAGACAAUCUCGUGUUGGACAAACAAGGAAAAACAAACAUGCAGCUCUCCGCACGCAUGGACAACUUCUCCGUCUUCGGAACGCUCAUUCUUCGUGGACCUCUCUUCUCUUCCUUGUCGAAAUUUUUUCUGGAUGAGUUCGAAGCGCUACCGCGUAUUGGGGGUCGAAAUUGGGAUGACACGAAACAACUGGAACUGACACCAAAGGAGGAAAGACGCGCAUACAGACAACAACGAGAGAAGGCAGAUGGAUUGAUAUGGAGUGCAGCGAAUGUUCGGGGUUUUGUUUUGGUCAAGUUUGCGAGUCGAGAUGUGGAGGGUUCGAGGAAUUGGUUGAGGGAUAUGAUUCGGGAGGAUGGAUCAGUCUCGAGAACUUUUGGAGAGAGAGCUAUGUUGUGCUUGAAGUAGUUUUGAAGGAAGAAUGAUACCCGCAGAAUAUAAGUACAUCGAUAGACUGUAUCAUAAUUCUUCUGUACGAAUCCAG